GUACCACGACCAGCAGGACGUGACCAGCAACUUCCUGGGUGCCAUGUGGCUCAUCUCCAUCACCUUCCUCUCCAUCGGGUACGGGGACAUGGUGCCGCACACCUACUGUGGGAAGGGGGUCUGUCUGCUCACCGGCAUCAUGGGCGCCGGCUGCACGGCCCUGGUGGUGGCUGUGGUGGCCCGAAAGCUGGAGCUCACCAAAGCUGAGAAGCACGUUCACAACUUCAUGAUGGACACACAGCUGACCAAGAGGAUCAAGAACGCGGCGGCCAACGUCCUGCGGGAGACGUGGCUCAUCUACAAGCACACCAAGCUGCUGAAAAAGAUCGACCACGCCAAAGUCCGGAAGCACCAGAGGAAAUUCCUACAAGCCAUUCACCAGUAAGUGG